AUGCAGACCAAGGCACCCGCUCAGCCAACACCACCCGCGCUCAACGCACCCGCUCCGCCAACACCACUUAUCUCGUCUCACACGCCGAUCAAGGCACCUGCUCCGCCACACACCACCCGCACUCAACCCGUCUCACACGCCGAUCAAGGCACCCGCACGCGACCCGUCCCUCUGCAAAGGGCGCAACCUUGCCCCGUCAGGCUGCCUUCGCUGCCUUCGCUGCAUUUGCUGAAGGUGUGGGUGACCGGUGAUCGGGGACUCACGAUCCGCAGCCAAGUCGACGAUGGCUAUCGGGUCAAAUUUUGUCCGGUCCGCCGAAUUGAACUCAACGACCAGGAACGCUUCUUGACGUUCCAUUUCUCGGAAGGAACUGAGACGCUGAACGUGGAAACCCCAUCAAUCAACCCGAGUCAGCCGAUCAAGGCCCCCAUAUGUCCAUGGCAGCAAACCUGCAUGGAUCUGGUUGCCGCUGGCUCCCUGAGGGUCAAAGUUUUGGAAGAAUGCAUCGUCAACAAACAAUUGAACGGCUUCAUCAACCUGACCAGACGCCACAAUGAAAACCAACCCCCGGGAAUCAACAUCAGCCAUGCACAAAUCCUCACGCUUGAGGAUUGA